UUGACUAUCGGUAAAUUUUCCAUUACAAUUAAGAAUAGCGAUAAAAUACUGUUAAAUUGCAUUUAAAUCUGAUAGAAAUAUCACCACAUUCGAAAUCAUGGCCGUUCCAACCUCGGUUUCACUGGUACUGGCUUCGGUCACAGCAGUACUGAUUUUCUCGGCGAUGCAAAUGUACAAACCUCUGAUUGCAUCGUCACAAAUAGCGACAAUCUUCGGAGGAUACCUGGGAUCGUGGUUGUUCAUUCUAUCGCUGACGGCCGUUUCCAACCUGGAGGCAGUCGUUCUCGGUAAAGGAUUCCAGGCAAAGCUGUUCCCGGAGGUAGCUUUCUGCUUGAUCGGAUCGCUGUUUGCCUGCGGUAUGGUUCACCGUGUUUGUGCCACCACUUGUGUCUUGUUUUCCGUCGCUGCUCUCUACUAUAUUAAUAAAAUUUCCCAAAAAGUGCACAAUGCACCAGUUCCAGUGGACACCUACGCCGGAAAGAAAAAGAAGAAGUAAACAUUGUGACGAACCUAAGCAUAGGUUUAAAGUACUCAGUGAAGUUUGGUUAGUGGCUUAAUUAGCUGCCCAAUUUCACUACCGCAGAAUGGAAUCUUAUUUGUAAUGUAAGAGUAUUUCGUAAUAUAAUAAUACAAAAUAGA